CAACCGCAUCACCUGUGAACACCACGCCGCCGCCGCCAUCCGUCGUGGAUUAUGCCCCUCCUCCGCCACACGGGACGAGCUCAACGGCUACCGCGCACUCGCCUCCGGUAACGCCGCCGGCAGUGGCUAGUAGCGCGACGCCACCUCCCAGCAGCGGCGGACUGAGCUCCGGAGCGACCGCGGCCGUGGCGGUAGUGGUUGUGAUCGUCUUCCUCGGCUUCACUGGCUUUUUCGUCUGCCUGUCGAAUCGGCGGAAGCGGAGGCAGGCCGACCGGUACUACGCCAGCUUCGCAGUCCCAUCCUACACGCCGCAACACCUAUCCGGCGAGGCGCCAUUCCUGCGUCCGCAGUCGGCGCCGGGGUCGAUGAACUUCAGCAUGGGCGGCGUGGGCCAGAGUAUGUUACCAGCGACGAGCCAGGCAUACGCGCAGCAGAACCAGCAGCAGCCGCCGUGGGUCGCAUCAGCCAACUACAGCGCGACGAUUGGGGGCCAGGGCCCGGCUCGGAGCGUGACGGCGUCGUCGGGCGAUCUGAGCGUGGGCAACACCAAGGCGUUCUCGUUCGACGAGCUGUACGAGAUCACCGGCGGGUUCGCGCGCGACAACAUCCUCGGGGAAGGCGGGUUCGGGUGCGUGUUCAAGGGCACGCUCGGCGACGGCAAGGUGGUUGCCGUGAAGCAGCUCAAGGGCGGCGGUGGGCAGGGCGAGCGCGAGUUCCAGGCGGAGGUGGAGAUCAUCAGCCGCGUCCACCACCGCCACCUCGUCUCCCUCGUCGGUUACUGCAUCGCCGAGGAGCAUCGUCUCCUCGUCUACGACUUCGUCUCCAACGACACGCUGCACCACCACCUCCAUGGUAGGGGAAGGCCGGUGAUGGACUGGCCGACGAGGGUCAAGAUCGCGGCGGGCUCGGCGCGCGGAUUGGCCUACCUGCAUGAGGAUUGUCAUCUAAGGAUCAUCCACAGGGACAUCAAGUCCUCAAACAUCCUGCUUGAUGACCAUUUUGAAGCUCAGGUGUUGUUCUACAGCAAAAUUGCAAUAUUUCAGAAAUCUGAACAAUUCCUUUUGGGGAAGGUAUGUUCAGCUCCUGAUGUUGCUGCAACUGUGCUCAUGGUCCAGGUUGCGGACUUCGGGCUCGCCAGGCUAGCGGAGAAUGACGUCACGCACGUCUCAACACGUGUGAUGGGAACAUUCGGGUACUUGGCUCCAGAGUAUGCGUCGACGGGGAAGCUGACCGAAAAAUCAGAUGUGUUCUCCUUCGGUGUCGUGCUUUUGGAGCUCAUCACCGGUCGGAAGCCCGUCGAUUCAUCGCGUCCCCUCGGCGACGAGAGCCUUGUGGAGUGGUCAAGACCGCUACUGAACCGCGCAAUUGAGAACCAGGAGUUUGACAAGAUAGUAGACCCCCGCCUUGAUGGGAACUUCGAUGAUAUUGAAAUGUUCCGUGUGAUUGAGGUGGCCGCGGCAUGCAUCCGGCAUUCAGCUGCCAGGAGGCCCAAGAUGGGGCAGGUUGUCAGGGUCCUCGACAGCCUGACAGAUAACGAUCUCAGCAACGGCAUGCAGCCAGGGAAGAGCCAGAUGUUCAACGUUGCCAACACGGCGGACAUCAGACAGUUCCAGAGGAUGGCGUUCGGUAGCCAGGACUUUAGCUCGGAUUACAGCCACUCAGGUCAAGCAUAAGCAGCACGAGAGAUUUCUAGUCAUUUGAAAUCUGUAAAGCUUCUCCAGAUGAACUUCCCCUAGUUUCGAAUGAUCUUGUUCUUGCUAUGUCUUCAUUUUUUAUUAUUCUUUUUACAGUGAUCACAGCCUUACUGUUUUUUGUUUGAUGUGUACAUUGA